AUGGGUCGCGGAAAAUUAAGCAUGGAAUUGAUAAAGAAGGAGAAGACUCGCAUGGUAACCUACCAGAAGCGCAAGAAGGGGUUAAUGAAGAAGGCUUACGAGUUCUCUACUCUUUGUAAUGUCGAUGCUUGCGUGAUAGUCUUAGGACCAAAGCUCAACGACGCUGCUUCUCCAGAGGUGGAAACAUGGCCUAAGAAUUCCGAUCAAGUUCGUGCCAUCAUCAAGAAAUACAGGUCGUCUGAGAUUCCUAAUAUCCGCAGGAAGAAGACUCAGCAUCUCUCUGAUUUCUUCGCUGUUCGCAAGAUUAAAGUCGAGAAAGAGAUUGAAGCAUUGCGCAAGGAAAACAUGGAAGCUAUGUUUACGAGAUGGGAUGCUCGUCUUGAGCAUUGGUCACCGGAGAAGCUUAGGGUUCUCGGAGCUGAAUUCGAGGCUAAACUUGCAGCUGCAAAUGAGAGAUAUUUGGUGUUUAAGAUUGAAGAAGAUUUGGCUAAUCAACAGCAUCAAAUGAACCUUGUGAAGCAGCAACUUCAGAAGGCUAUGGAACUAGAUGCUCUGCAAAAACAGCAGCAGCAGCAGCAGAAUAUCUCUUAUGUGAAGCCACUGUUUAAUAUGUCAAUUCCUGCAUUUUACAACCCAAUUGAUCAGGCAGCUCUCCUCAGGCUACCGUUCGGGUUUCCGAACAAUCACAACAACUCUACUAUGAUGAUGAUGCCUACGAAAGGCGAAGAUAUACCGCAUUUUCAUGGCAAUACAUCAACUGGUUUCAUCCCAUUUACACCCUUAACUGCCUCCUCUGCAUAUUAUGAUCCAACAAUUGAGAAUAUGAUGUUCAACAACCCUAGGCCUCUGUCGGUUAGCGAUUACUGUCCAGCUCCACAUCCGAUGCAAUUCUACGGCCAGAAUUUGAUGUCAGUUCCGAACGCUGCUUGUCCUCAGAUGCAAGCCCCUCAGUUCUCUGAUUUCCACAUCUUAAAUGAGCAUGGGAUGGAUAACAGGAGGAAUAAUUUUUAGGCGCAAUGUGUUAACACUAUCAUUACUAGGGUUUUGAAUUAGGAUUUUCCAACAUCGUUUGCUUUGGGUUUUUAUUGUCUUUCUAUAAUAGAUUUGUUUAGGGUUCAAAUGGCAUACUUCCUCCU